AGGAUGUUUAGUUCUAAUACUUCAAGGACUGACACGAAUUUCUCUUUUCCGGAAGAAGUCGAGAACAAUUUAAGCGAUGGAGAGAAACCUUUAACUAAUAAUUUAAAGACUGAGACAGCCUUGCCUUUUAAGAAUAGUGGCGAAUGCUCUGACGAAGUUGUGUUAAGUUUCGAUGACGGACAUAAACUUUAUGUAUCGGAAAAUUUCCUCUGUUAUGCAUCUCCUGUGUUCAAGGCCAUGUUUACACAUGACUGUAAAGAAAAGGAAAGUAAGGAAGUUGCUAUGAAAGAGAAAGUGUUUGAUGAUGUCCUGGAGUUUCUGCUGUGUCUGCAUCCCGGUGUACAGAAGCCGAUUGGCAACGACAAUGUUCUGCGUGUGGUGUCUUUCGCGGAGGAAUACCAAGUUGAUGUAUCUGUAAAGCGAUGUCAGAACGUGAUGAAGACAUGGUUAUCGUCAGAAGUUAAAUCUGCUCUUAAAACCAGUGAUAAUUUGAAAAAGGCAAAGCAUGCUAGAACUUGUUUGAAUAUACUGACAAAAGCCGAAGCUUGUGGCUUUGAAGAGCUUGUCACUCACGCCACUCAAGUAAUCGCCAGAUUUGGGCACGAAGUGUUCACCGGCUCGAUAAAGGUGAAUCAACCUUUGCAAUCAUUCGGAUUUAGUGCUGCUCCUCAAAUGGCAACUGGUUUUUCUUUUGGAACUCCAGUAAGUAUGGCUAUAAAUUCAACUCAGCUCAUUACAAAUGAACACGAAGAAACUGAUGCUAGUACACAAGCUUGUCCUAUUAAGGAAUGUAAAGAAUUAUAUGCAAGUCUACCGGAAAAGCUGAAAAAUCGACUCUUACUGCAGAGGCUAAAGUUGUGUGAUGACGGUGAAAUGCGUUAAACGAUUAUUUGUUCUAUAGCAAACGAAGAACCGAUUGCAUGUAGUUAGUUUGAUUAAUGUCAAAACAAUUUAUUAACUAUGAUUCGUUCUUGUGUGUUAAUUUAGAUGAAGGAUGGAGUUUAUUUCGUUUAAAACAACCAAAAGUGUAGUAUUAAUACUGUACUGAUUAUAUUUCAGACCUCGGGAUUGUAACGGCACUUGAAAAACAGUAUUUACAUGGCGAGUUAACUAUGACAGUAUUUUCAUUUUUAGAUAAAAAAACAUUGUCAUUUUAAACUGGAAAGCAAAAAAUAUGACCGGGUAAGACUUUUUGAACGAAAUCAUCGUCCAUUGUUUGACGAUCAUACGUUUCGUCAUUAAAGUUGUAAAAGUAUUAAGAAUAAGUAUUUUAGAACAUUUUGAUAUUUCAAAAAACGACUUUGUAAUCAAGAUAUACAUAUAAGGCGCGGGUAAUAUUUGGAAUUAAGUUCUUUGAAAUUUAUUAACUUUGGGUAAUACCACUAUCAAGAAAAUUGAAUAUUAUUUAACAAAUACCAUUAUUGCAACGUAUUAUAUUCAUUUUAUAUUUUACAAUAACCUCACAGGUAAUCUUUUCAAGUAAUAAUCAACUAUAAUAAGUCAAAACCUUGUGAGGUAUAAAAGGCGUGAUCGAUUUUCCGUCUAAACAAAUAUGAUAUUAUGCUUUAAAUUCAUUUAAAUGACAGCGAACAAAUUUUAGCCUUACUGACAAUAAAAGUUCAGAUAAACAGCCUUGUACCUUAAAAACAUUUUUCUCACCGUACACAUGUAUUCAAGAGAAAACAUGUAUUUGUUAUAUGUAACGCAAUUUUACGUUUUUACUAUUUGAUUCAGGUUUAAUAAUUUUCGGAAAGUAAAGUAGCGAAAUAGAUUUAAACAUAUUAACAAUCUAUUUUUAAAUGGUAAUCUUUCUAGGGCAUAACAUCGAAACUUCCUCAUGCAAUAAUUUAGAACUUAAACUUUAUAAAUCUAUAUAUGAAUUAUCAAUAAGUUGUUUACAAAUGAAAUGCAAGUUAAGGACACUCCAAGAGGCGGAGGGGUGACCUGAUUUAAAAUAAUUUUUCUCCACAUUUCUUAGAAAAAAAACCAUAAUGUGCAGCAUACCAAAAAUGAAGGUGAAAGAUUGAACUAUACCAUGGUGUACAAUUUAAAUAACAUUUUAUUCAUCAUGAUUCUUUUAAGAUAACACAAUAUGUACAUGUAAAACUCUAUUGUUAUCUUCAAACAGAUUCAACUCUCUUAUCAGUACUUUGAAUGAGCCAAAAAAUAUUGUGCAGUAUGGGAGGCCCAUUAACUACCAAAGCGUAUCAUAAAUUUUCCCUAAAUUGCCGAACAGACAAAUCAGUUAUUCCUUGCCCCAAUGUAUUAAAAGUAAUAUAAUUCAAGAAUGGGUUCAUUUAUUAACAAAACUGUGAUAUUCUUUUAUAGAACACUCUUCAAAAGAACAGACUGCCAGUUUCCAUGCAAUUCCCUUCAUAAAUAAAGUACUCGAAUCACAUCAAACACUUCACCAAGUUAAGAAAAAGAAGAAAAUAUAUAAUAUGAACUAAAUUUUGACACCCCACCUUCAUGAAAACAUGAACUUCCAUUACUUUUCUGCCAACGAAUCAGACUAAUUCAGUCUUCCAUUCCAUGUAUUUAUAGGUCGACAGUUUGAACAUUAUUAAUACUUAUUCCUCUCCACCAAGACAGUUAUAUUUACCUGGUGACAAAAA